UCCAACUACACAUUUCCCUCCUUCAGUUUUCCCUCUUUAUCGGAAUGUCUUCAGUUGAAAAUGUUUCUCAGCCCAGUCUUUUGCAGGAAUUUUGUGUACGAGAAGAUUUGUCUCGACUUAGUAUUGAACCGAAACCUGUUUCUCAUCUACGCCAAGCAACAAUAUCUUUACUGCACCCUCUGGAGAAAGCUAAUAAACUAGAAUUAUGCCGUCCUAAAAUGGAUCUGUCUACAAUCUCUGAAUCACCUCGCAGGAAUUGUGACAGAUACAAACAUGAGUACCUUGAUUUACAACCACUUGGCAAGAUUUGGAGACAGGAGUUAAUCAAGAUCCCACCUUUUUCUCGAUUAAUUUUUGAUCUUACGUUACCACCAAGCUGCCUUGGUGUCAAUGGGAGAACCAGUCGAUUUCUAUUGGGAUAUAUCUGUUCCUGAGAAACCAGUAUGGUGAUCCAAACCAAGGAAAUUCUUGAUAUAGUCAACACUCUUGCUCUGACAACAAGAAUGCGGGUAAAGGGUGAAGUUUAUUUCGAUAUCUCUGACGAUUUGACGGGGGGUAUGAGUUUAAGUGCUAUGGAAGUUUUAAAACGCCAGGUCGUUGCACUCAACAGAAAUCCCUCCAGCGAAACAGGAGAUGGAAAGGAGGGCGUUUCUGAAACCACCGCCGACUACAGCCAGCAUGGCCCAGAGCAACGCCCAAGGGCUGGGCCUUGAGGCUCGACUGAGUUGAGAGCGCGGAAACUGCGUGGUUAAUGUCUUAAUGACAUGGUGGACUGAUCAUGACUAAAAGCUAAAGAAGUACUUGAGAGGUCGAUCGAAUCGCACAAGUGAUGAAAACGCCAGCGUUCGCCGAAGUCGAGCACAAGAAAGAGGUUCUUCAAUGCUUCAUUACUGCAAC